AUGUGAUGCCAGAACCAAGCGUCAACAGACAGGUGGGAGCGUUCAACGGGCAAGCAUCGAGGUUUAUGUAACGCGAGGGCGCGAACGUAGCGCGGCGGCAGUGCUCUGCGGACCGCCGGUGCACCGCGCGAGUAGCGUGACAUGGACCGCGCGAGCGGCAGCCCGCCGGCCAGCCCCACCAGCGCGCCUCCCGCACCCACCGGCUUUGGCGCUUUCUGCAGCGCCAUAUCGGACACUAUCACGGGUAUGGCAACUACUUCGAGGAGUAGAAGAAAGGCAAAUGACGAGAAAAAGAAGAAAAAACCAUCACCAGUGGACGAACGGCCCACGGUGCCAGCUCCUAGCGAAGCAAUGCUCAAUAACCUCCGCACAGCUUUCGGCCUUCUGGACCGGGACAGCGAUGGUCACGUGACACCGGCGGAGUUGCAGUUCAUGCUGCGUAACCUCGGAAUAGAGGUCAGCGACGACCUCAUAUCUGAUCUCAUCAAAGAUGCCAGUAAAUCUGGCAAUGGACUAAUAGAUGAGAAUGAAUUUAUGCAGUGGGUAACGAAAAUACAGGCAUUGCAAGGAAUGGAUGUUACUGCAGCAGGUGGCGAUUCUGAAGAGGAGAUUACAAGAGACUUGCUCGCCGCUUUCAAAGUGUUCGACCGGGAUGACAAUGGAUAUAUAACCCGGGACGAGUUGCGUACGGCUCUCGAGAUGAUUGGUGAGCCAGUAACAGACGCGCAGCUGAACCAAGUCCUCGCGCUCGGAGACAUCGAUCACGACGGACGGAUUGAUUAUGAAGAAUUUGUGAAGAUGUUGCUGUAACGUGUAUGGACCUUAUUGAGAAAGACCUCAUUAGAUGUAAUGGUAUUAUUUAAAGACAAAUGGCAGCCGCCGAGUGUUUAGGUUGCCUGAGACGUUGCGUCGUAGUAUUGUUUAGGCACUCAUGUUGAUACAAAACUCUUCCAUAUUUUUGAGCAACCAUGUAAAUACAUUAAUUUAUAUGUUUUAAGUAAAACAUGUGGUAGAUGAGAUAAGAAAAUGAAUUCAUGUUCUGGUGUUGUAUAUGGUUUCGAUGUGUAAUUAUACCAAAGUAACGAAAUUAUUUAUUUUAGAUACGAAUCAAUUUAAGGCAUAUUAUUUAAUAAUCAAUAGAUAUAUCCAUGAUAGUAUUUAUACAUUUUUAAGUACCUAAUGGAAGAGGUACCUAACAGUUACUUACCUGUUAAACCGAAUGUAGAUAGGUAUACAUAUUACAUGUGUUGUACAUAGAAGUAGAUACUUUUGUAUUGAAUAAUUGUAACAAAUUAAGGUUUAUAGUAUGUAAAUUUACUUAAUUAUACUGUUAUGAAUUUAAAAUAAAAGGUCAAGUUAUUUAAAUCGCUCAACAGAUAGUUCAUGCCGUAUUUAAUCAUUGUUGAAAUAAUGAUUCAGCUAUGAAAGUUAGGGAAGUAAUUCUCAAACGUCCAUAAUUGUAUUAUAGAAUAAAAUACAUAAGUCCAAUACCUAUUAAAAAAAUAUAAACUAACAUACGUAUACUAAAUAGUAAAUGUCUUUAUAUAUGUAUAUGGCAUUGACUACAUAUUUAUGUACCUAAGAGUGCAAAUAUUAUAUUAGGUAUUAGACGUUUAUUUAUUGCUUUAUUAUAUAUACCUACACUUAUAUUGUUCAUGUUCAUGAGCUUUGUUUUGUAUUUAUUUUCUUCUAUAAAUAUAUAUUAAUGAAGAACUAUGAUAUGAAAUGUCUCAAGACAUUACUAAUAAUAAUCACACGUGUUACACAUAUAUAUAAUAUGAUAGCACGAUAAGAAUGUUACACAAUUAUUUUAACAUCAGUGUGACAAUUGAUGUACAUUAAAAAAAAAACAUUUUAUGGUUGUGAAGAAUAAGUUUACCAAAUAUUAGAUACCAUGUUAUGCUUUUGAUGUUUAAAUAUUUUUUCACUCUAUUAAUUGUGAAUGUUGUACAAAAGAAAUUCAAUUUAAUAAUAAUAACUCAUAGAUAUGUAAAACUAUUGCAAAUCUUAAUUGUAUUUGGGUAUAUGACUAACUAUAAAAAUCAAGGAGGUAACAACUUGCUAUGAAUACAAUAAUAUUACCUAAGUACUAAAA